AGUAUAAAGAAAACAUUAGAAUUCCAUUGUACUUUGCGUUUUUGUUUUUCUGAAGGGUUUGCAUUUUGUUGUUCCGAAAACCUAACAAGUAACAACAUAAUAAUAGAUCAACCAACCAACAAUGUUGUCCAUGUCGUUCUCACUCUCAAGGUUAGUUUUACUUCGUUCUCAUGUCACAACUUCCACUUUCCUUCAUUCUCGAUUCAAUCACAAUAAUAUUGAUGCUGGUAAUAAUGCUGUUUCUUCAUUCCAUUACAUGCUCAGUAUGAAUCCAACCCCAUCCAUUGUACAAUUUUGCAAGAUUUUAACUUCCCUUGUUAAGAUGAAACAUUACCCCACUGCUAUUUCACUUUCUAACCAAUUACAAUUCAAUGGAAUUAUGCCUAAUGUUGUUACUUUCAAUAUAUUGAUCAAUUGUUACUGCCACGUCGGUCAUAUGACUUUUGCCUUUUCUAUAUUGGCUAAGAUUCUCAAGUUGGGUUAUCAGCCUGAUGUCAUAACCUUAAAUACUCUUAUCAAAGGUCUGUGUUUCAACGAUAAGGUGAAAGAAGCUCUGCAUUUUCACGACCAUGUGCUUGCACAUGGAUUUCACCUCGAUCAAGUUAGCUACGGGACCUUGAUCAAUGGACUCUGUAAAAUUGGAGAAACAAGGGCUGCCUUGCAAGUUCUAAGACGAAUCGAAGGGAAAUUGGUCAAACCUGAUGUGGUAAUAUACAGCACAAUUAUUGAUAGUUUGUGUAAAGAUAAGCUUUUAAUAGAUGCUAAGGAUUUAUAUUCUGAAAUGAUUGUAAAGGGCAUUUCUCCUGAUGUUAUUACUUACACUUCUCUGAUAUAUGGAUUUUGCAUAGUUGGUCAAUUAAAAGAAGCAAUUGGACUUUUAAAUGAAAUGUUUGUAUUCAGAAAACUCAAUGGAGAUGUUUAUAUCUUUAGUAUAUUGCUCGAUGCUUUAUGCAAGGAAGGAAAUGUCAAAGAAGCUAAAAAUGUGUUAGCUGUUAUGGUGAAACAAGGUAUCAAACCAAAUGUUGUUACUUAUACUUCAUUUCUAGAUGGGUAUUGCCUAGUUAAUGAAGUCAACAAGGCCAAAGUUAUAUUCAACACCAUGGUUCAAAGAGGAGUGAUUCCUAAUGUUUGUUGCUAUAAUGUCAUGAUUAAUGGGUUGUGUAAGAUUAAAAUGAUGGAUGAAGCCAUGAAUCUAUUUCAAGAAAUGCAAAACAAGAAGAUUAUUCCUGAUAGAGUAACUUACAGUUCUCUUAUUGAUGGUUUGUGCAAAUCAGGGAGAAUCUCUCAUGCUUGGGAGCUUCUUGAUGAGAUGCAAGAUAGGGGUCAACCUGCCAAUGUAAUCACUUACAAUUCUUUAUUACAUGCUUUAUGUAAAAACUGUCAUGUUGAUAAGGCAAUUGCAUUGGUCAAGAAAAUUAAAGACAAAGGCAUUCAACCAGAUAUGCGCACAUACAAUAUACUCAUGGAUGGACUUUGCAAACAAGGGAGAUUUCUGGACGCACAAGUGAUUUUUCAUGAUCUUUUGAUUAAAGGCUACAAUGUAAAUGUUUGGACAUAUACUAUUAUGAUCAAUGGUCUUUGUUUAGAGGGCUUAUUUGAUGAAGCUAUCGUCUUGAUGUCAAAAAUGGAAGACAAUGGUUGUAUUCCUAAUGCUAUAACUUAUGAAACCAUUAUUUAUGCUCUCUUUGAGAAGGAUGAGAAUGAUAAAGCAGAGAAACUUCUAUGUGAAAUGAUUGCUAGAGGUUUAUUGUAAGAGAAAUACUACUUAAGAUGAUUUCAUUUUACUUAUUAUGUGUUUUUAGGUUCAGUUUGAUGGUAUAAUGCUACAAUUGGUUGAUGUUUUUUAUUCUUGACAUAAUUAUAUUUUUCUUUCCAAUUGCAAUGUAUUUCCUGUUAUUGUUUCGCACUUUGGAAGAGUUGGAAACAUAAGAAAAAUGUGUUUGCUUGA